UUUAUUAAAUAAUCUUUUCUAACGUUACACGAAUAUAAGGUUUUCGCUUAGAGGUGCUUUGAAAACUAAAAAGCGCGUAUAGGAAUUGUAUCUAUCUUGUAUAUUGAAGUCUAGUAAUAUUAUCUACAGUGAUCCGGUAAUUUUAAGUCAUGACUAUUGUAUCAGUGUUUACAACUGGAGUGUUAGUUUUCCAUACGGCCGUCGAAGUAAUAUGGCUUUUUAUAAUGCCGGCAGCGAAUUGAAUGCAACUAGUACAGAUAUCGUAGACGAGGACGAAAUCGUUGAUGAUCUUUCUAUAGUUCCUUUAGAUAAAGAUAGCUUCGCAAUAUGUGAGUUAUGUGGUCGCAUAGGGCGUCGCAGACAGUUUUAUCCGCGCAACAACAAAUUCUGUUCCCUGAGAUGCCACGCAAGUAGGACAAGACGCAAGCAUUGUAGCUGGAGGUUUAAACUCAUGGAGGGUGCCGAGCACAUGGCAGGGCUCAUCCCACUGGAGCCUCUGCCCCAGCUGCAGCAGUGGCAUGCUACACUUAAUGACAUUCAGGCUGGUCCUAUAAAGCAGCCAGCAGCACAAGUUGCCAAUAGCUAUGAGUGGAAAGAUGAGCUCUUUGGCUGUGACUUCCUCGCAGCGCCAGUCAGUCUGUUCAAACACGCUCCCCUGCAUGAAAUGUGGGAUAACACCUUUGAAGGAAUGAAAGUGGAAGUUAAGAACACAGAUUGUGAUAAUUAUUCAGAAAAACUAAAUGACUUUUUCUGGGUUGCUACUGUAUUAAAAGUCAAAGGGUACAUGGGACUGCUGCGCUAUGAAGGAUUUGGAAGUGAUGAUUCAAAAGACUUUUGGGUGAACCUAUGUUGCUCGGAAGUACAUCCUGUUGGAUGGUGCGCAACUCGCGGCAAGCCACUCAUACCUCCAAGAAGCAUAGAAGAUAAAUACACUGAUUGGAAGAAGUUCCUGGUAAAGCAGUUAACAGGUGCCCGUACAUUACCAGCUAACUUCUACACCAAACUAAAUGAAAGUCUUAAAUCGCGGUUCAGUAUUGGCUCCAUAAUGGAAGUUGUUGACAAAAAUAGGAUAUCACAAGUUAAGGUUGCCAGUGUAGUUGAAAUUAUAGGUAAAAGGUUACAUGUGAAAUACUAUGACAGUUCUCCAGAAGACAAUGGUUUUUGGUGUCACGAGGACUCUCCACUCAUCCAUCCAGUCGGCUGGGCCUUCAGAGUGGGCCAUCCGCUGGACGCCCCUCAGAGUUACUGUCAGAGGGUCGCUACAGGACGAUUUUUGCCAAAUGAUACGACUGCAGAUAUGUUUUACAAGUACCCUACAAAUGAGCCUCCAUUGUUUGUAGAAGGGAUGAAACUUGAAGCCAUUGAUCCCUUGAAUCUGUCAGCUGUGUGUGCUGCUACGGUUAUGCAAAUUUUGAAUGAAGGAUACAUGAUGAUCCGAAUAGACUGCUACCCAGCUGAUGCAUCGGGUGCCGACUGGUUUUGCUAUCAUCAAAGAUCACCCUGCAUAUUCCCUGUGGGAUUUGCUCUAGCAAACAAUAUACCACUGGUGCCACCUGCUGGUUACACGGCAGAAGAGUUCAGCUGGGAGGAGUACCUCUGCUCGUGCGGCGGUCGGGCUGCGACGCGCGCUCUGUUCGCCGCCCGCGGCCACCUCGUGUCGCACGGCUUCGUGUGCGGCAUGCGGCUCGAGUGCGCCGACCUCAUGGACCCGCGGCUCGUGUGCGUGGCCACCGUGGCGCGGGUCGUCGCCGACCUGCUCAAGGUCCACUUCGACGGCUGGGGCUCGGAGUACGACCAGUGGCUGUGGGCGCACAGCACGGACAUGUACCCGGUGGGCUGGUGCCGCGCCGUGGCGCACCGGCUGGAGGGGCCCAUGCAGCCGCCGCCGCGCCAGGCGCGCAAGCCGCCGCCCAAGAACCACCGCCGCCGCCGCCGGCACCACCCACCGAAAGCCCAGCCCCAACCGCCAAAUAUAACCGAAGACAGCUCCCAAAAUUCCGACAUGGGCGACGUAAAAAGCUUGUCACCUCCCACUAGCGUGUCCGAGAUCUCCGCCGACGUGGAGUCGAGACACGACGACACGGAAUCGAGACCCGACGACACGGAAUCGAGACCCGACGACACGGAAUCGAGACCCGACGACAUGGACUCGAGGCCAGAUGAGACGGAGGCGACACCCGAAGAGUCGAGACCUGAUGAGGAGUCGAGACCUGACGAUAUGGAGUCGAGGCCGGACUCGGAGGCGAGAGCGGACGAGGGCGAGUCGAGACCUGACGAUAAGAUGGAUGUGGAAGAGGCGCCUACCGAGACCUCGCAUGAGAGGUUGAGCGAUGAGACGAAUCAAGAAUCUAUGAGCAUACCAACGGACGCGUCGCAGGACUCCAGCGGGCAGUUGGGCCCCGUGUCGCCCGACACGUCCAGCCAGUCCGCCUCCGACAAGCUCAUCCCGCGGCUGGUGGACGCGGCCGUGCCGCGCGACCAGCUGUCCUGCGUGGCGCCCGAGCACUGGUCGCCCGCCGACGUGGCGCGCUUCCUGGCCGUCAACGACUGCCAACCCUACACCGACAACUUCACCAACGUCACCGGCCCCGUGCUCCUCCAGCUCUCCAAAGACGAAAUCAUUGAACUCCUCGAGAUGAAGGUCGGCCCCUCCCUAAAAAUAUUCGACCUCAUCCAGCAGCUCAAAUGCAAAAUUAAACAACCUCAGUGUAGACUAAACUUCAAGUGAGGCGCGGAUUAGAACCGAGGAUUCGGGGGUGACGGAAAACUGUGGCCUUUAAUG